UUAUCAAGUUUACAAUCUCGUCGGGAACUAGGAGGAAUACAUAGAAAUGUGCUAUUUGAGUCUAGUUGCUAGUCUAGAGGGGGAGGGUUGCUCUCCGCAGCUCAGAAAAGUCUUACUAGGGAAAGUCUACAGGGAGGAACACAGCACCAAGAGAUGUUAUCAAUAUAAAAAGCAAGUUAGAUACAUUGUGCUAUUUAUUAAAACAUUUUAACGCCAAAGGAUACUUUCCCUCUUUAAAAUUUGACUUGUAAGUGCAGUCAUUCAACAAACAUUUAUUAAGCUCGUGAAAGACACAAAGGGCAAAACAAAGUAUCCUAGAGGACCACAUCCGGGAGGAGAAGACAAGAUAUAAUAAAGGUAUAACAUAUACAAAGUAUGUAAUGUAAUGUAAAUAGUAAGUAAUCUUCGAGGGAAGGCAGCCAGCCGGGGAUUGGGUAUGCUCUCGGGGAACUCUGGAAAGAAGUCGAGGGCGUGGGCGGAGGAGGGGAAUCUCCCGGGCAACAGGCGGCGGUAGGCCCGGGACCUCGGAUCAGGGGGAAGGAGGGCUCAAUGGGCAAGUCGAGAUGCGGCCCAAGAGCAAAAGAAAAGGCACGGGCCGGGCACGUGGGGUGAUGGGAGUGGAUAAAACCAGUUUCGGGGCCGUGUCCCCGCCUCCAAAAGAAACUUGCUUUGAGGUCUUAGGUAAGCCCGGUCAGUCUUAAAUUACGGAACCGGCCUAUAUACAUAAAUAAAUUAAAUAUGACUUCUAUUCCAGAUCGGUGUGGGGAAUGGGCAGCGAGCCUCUUUAGCACCAGGUCAUCCCCUCCGUAGCCGGACUGGCACCAGGUCUCCUCGGAGGCUGGGCGCUCCCGGAGGAGGGCACUUUCUUUGUUCCCCACGGUGUUCGGUACAUAGCAGGCGGUAAAUAAGUGCAAACUGCUUCAUUGCCAAGAUCGGGCAAUUAACUUCUCAGAGCCUUCAGCCUAUAAAGCGCAGUUAAAUCGGCACAAUCAAGUACAAAGUGUUGGAGGAGCGAUCUAGGGGCGCGGCUACACCCGCAAAUUCCUUCACCAAUGAGAUCUCGAGUCCACUCCCUCUUUCCUAUUUGCCCAAUUUCACCCUCAGCUUUUUACAACGUGUUAAUUCGGGCAGGCUCCAUAAAAUGUCCUGAUUAAGGCACCAUCCCGGGUCAAGCCCAAGAAGAUGGCGCACUUUGCUCCCUCUCCUUCCCCGCCGAAGUCGAAACUCGUGCUCUCCUCACAAUUUCUCUCUCCUUCCCCACUCAAGGGUACGACAUGCAGCACAAGCCGACCAACUUUACUAUUAAACCCCUCCAACCCGGCCCAGACCACCCGACUUCCGGCUCGGAAGUGACGCAAUCGGUCGGCGCAGGUUCAUGCUACGCACGCGCAGAACUUAACGAGCCACUCUAGACACGUUUCCCCCCACCACCACCCUCUCUAUGGUUCCUCCCUCGGGAUUCGGCCUCUCGGUGGCGGCGCUUUCGGUCCUGCGGGCGGGCUCCAGGUUGCGACACCAUGGACGGUUACGACUCAGAGGAUUUCUCAUCAUCCGAGGAAGACGAAGACUACGUGCCCUCCGGUGGAGAAUAUAGUGAAGAUGAUGUGAAUGAAUUAGUGAAGGAAGAUGAAGUGGAAAAUGAAGAGGAGCCACAGGAAAACAAAGGCAAAAAAAGGAAUUCCAAAGACACCAAAACGAAAUCUCUGGGCAUCGCCCCCAGGAAGAGAAAAAAAGGUGGACUACUAAUGGAAGACAAGGAAGAGUUGGAAGACAAGGUGGAAGCAGAAACAGAAGGAAAGAGUGAUGAAGAGGAAGAGAAAACGGUAGAACCAGAAAAAAGCAUUCCAUCAGAGGAGGAGAAGAAGAGACAAGAUGAUGCCCUUUGGGCAAGCUUCCUCAGUGACGUGGGACCCAGAUCCCAGCCUCGGCCUCCAAGAAGCCAAACAAAGACAGAAGGAGAAAACCAAGAGAAGAAUUCAGACAAAUCCCUUGCAACAGCGAAAGAGUCAGAAAAACCUAACGAAAGAGAAAAAAUUAAAAUCACCAAGGUGUUUGAUUUUGCUGGUGAAGAGGUCAGGGUGACUAAGGAAGUGGAUGCAGCAUCGAAAGAAGCCAAAUCCUUUUUUAAGCAGAACGAGAAAGAAAAGCCACAGACUGGAGUCCUUUCAGCACCAUCGGCACUCCCAACAGGCUCGGGGCUAAAAAGACCCAGUGGCAUGAGCAGCCUUUUGGGGAAGAUUGGAGCCAAGAAACAGAAGAUGAGCACCCUAGAGAAAUCCAAACUGGACUGGGAGAGCUUCAAGGAGGAGGAGGGCAUUGGUGAAGAACUGGCUAUCCAUAAUAGAGGAAAAGAGGGGUACAUUGAAAGGAAAGCUUUUCUGGAGCGAGUGGAUCACAGACAGUUUGAAAUUGAGCGGGACCUCAGGCUGAGCAAAAUGAAGCCUUGAGGGCAUUGGAAAGAUGCUCUGGCAAUUUAUCCCUGCUUGUGGUGUGAGCUCAACUUUUGUGUGUCUGUGAAAUCUCUCCUGUCCUGCUCACCGACUGUCUCGUGGAAAGGAGAGCUAAAUGUUCUGUUCUCCAUGUUGAAGCUCCGUCUGUAUAUCUUGAUCUCACGUGGUGUCAUUUAUUUUAUUUUUAUAAGUUCUUACAGUGGGAAACUGUUCAGGGACUGGUGAAGAGGAUGGCACUGUCCUUACAGCAGAGAGAGGGCCCAUCCAGUGCCAGCAUAGUCCAGACCUAACAGCUGGCAGGGAUUUUUCCUAGUGUCAUUCUGCCUGUGGUGGAGACAGGACUCCAGCCUUGACAUGGACUAUUAAGCUCAGCUUGCCGGAAUCAUUGACUCUCCAUUAGAGUGCAUCCUUUGUCCUGAUACCAAUGUUGAGAAGAAAAGAUAUGGACACACUUCUGCGGGCCAACACCAGAUCACUGGACAGCUUUGUAUUCAACUCUCUUCUGUGUUUUCUCUCUCCUUUCCUCUUCCCCUCUCCCCCUGCCUCUCUUUCUCUCACUUCUCCUUCCCUCCUUUUUUUCCUCCCUCCAUCUCUCUCUCUCCCCCUCUUCCUCUCCCUCUCCUUUUCCCUCUUCUUUCCCUCUCCCUCUCUCCCUCUUUAUCUCUUCCUCUAUUGGUCCUUCCCUCCCUCCUCUCCUCUUGGUUUCUUCCCCUCCCCCCUCACUAUUUCUUCCCUCAUUCUUCCAAGAUGGAACUCCUUUUAACAUAAUGUGAAACUGAAAUUAUGGAGAUGUUGUUGCUCAAUCAAAAAUUGUUUUUCCUUUAGUAUUUUCCUCUUUCCAAAGUAAAAGCCACUUUUUCUAGAUUCAACCCUGCCACCAAAUCUUUUGUCACCUUGGUUUGCCGGAAAAUAUCCUCAGACUUCCUUUCCCGUCCCUCAGUAGAAAUAAAGACACCCCCAACCCAGAUCGGCUUCAAGAUUUCUCUUGGGAGCAGCCAGGAGAAACGGUAUCUGGAAUAGGUUGAUGGUGGAAUGGGAACAGGGAGCUGGGGCCAGACCAUUCACGAUAAUAAAAGCAUUAAAAUCCA